AUGGCGGACGACCCUGUUGGCGGAGAGUCAUCAUGGAUGUCUGGGUCUAGAUGUAGCCAAUUAGCAGAUAUCGACGACCAUGAAAUGAAAAAGCGAACAACGGCUGGAAUGACUCAGAAACAGAAGAAACGUGGAAUUAUCAGGAACGAGUUACAGGAGAAGAUGUUUGCAAAGGAAGCGCGACUGGAAGGAAACAAUGGAUCACGCUACUUAAUACCGACUCAUACAGAUGAAGCUGAAACAAUGGAGAAGGUGUCGCCAUUUUUCAUUAAAAAGGCAAUUGAUCAAAUUACUCCUAACGUUACAAUUAGUCGGAUGCGAGAAGGGAAACUGAUGUUAAAGUCGUAUGGUAUCAAGAUCGAAGAACAUCCAACCCUCAAUUUUACCAAGGGAGUGAUAAACUGUCGCGACUUCAAGUACCGCAAAGAUGAAGAAAUCUUGGAAGAACUUGAAGCCGAAUACGUGGUUGAAAUCAGACGGUUCAAGGAUCGCAUCAUGGACGGAAAAUCGAUACCAUCAUCUACUUUCGUACUAAUUUUCCACCUGGGACAACUACCAACAACUACAAACAUCGGUUUCUACAACUGCAGAGUGAAACAGUAUGUUCCGUCUCCCUUGAGCUGCUUUAACUGCCUUCAGUUUGGCCACAGUAAAAAACGUUGCAGAGGAAACCGGAUCUGUGCUAAAUGCGCGAAUCUCUACCACGCAGGAAGCUGUUCAACAUCAGUAGUAUGUGUGAAUUGCCGUCAAGAACACCAUGCUCUUUCAAAGGAAUGUCCAAUUUACGAAGAUGAAUGUGAGAUCCAGAAACUGAGAGUAACUGAGAAGAUCUCCAUACGAAAAGCCACCCGUAAACGACGUCUUCAGGCCCCGAAUCCAUCUCAACCACGUCUGACGAAAAGCUUUGCUGAAAUUGUUCAACAUCCGGCCAUCAGAAGAACGAGACCUGAAGCUACCAAUGAGAAUAAUGGCGGUGCUGCUGAUGAUGCUACCGCUGCGACUACUCAACGUAUCAACCAUGACCAAUUAUCGAUAAUGCAACCGAUAAAUCGAGCUACAGAUGCUAAUAAAGACGACAACCUAAUCGGCGCAAGGAAACAAAGUGCAGUAAAACAAACUCGUAACUUGGCAACAGAAGCAACCGAAGGUAAACUAACAUCACUAAAAUACGAUAAGACAAAUACCGUGCUGGACCGAAAUCCGUACACCUAA